AUGGGAAAGGACAAUUCAAAAGACUUUCAGGUGUAUAUUCAAAGCUUAAUGUCUUCGUGUAAAUGUAGCCUACAACUACCAACUCCUACAACAGGUUGUCUACAUGGUGCUGUCACACUCACACUCACUCUCGCUGUUAUUCCUACUGAGGCCACAGAACAAUUCAGUAAUGCUAAUCUUUUACCGAUCGGUAAACGAAAGCGACUUGAGGAAGAAAAAGAAGAGAUCACUGCCUUUGGGUACGAAUCGAAAAUAUACAAUGACGAGGCAACAGCAGUUGCUAUCGACAGUGAAAAGUACCUGAUACCUUGGAAAACUUCCCACCUGCUCAUGGACAGAUACGAUGUGCGACACUUGUUGGAUGAAUUAGUGGAAGUAAAAGAAAAGGCCAAGCUUGAAGAGGAGUAUGAUAUAGAGAGAUACACGAUGGAAGAAAAGUAUGAAUCAAAGAACAAUGUAGGUGGGACAACGAUUGCAUAUGAUUACAAUUGUGAGUACAAAAAGCACAAGCGUGUGGUUACAGAAAUAGAAAACGAAAUCAUGAAAAAGUACAAUACGCCUGAAGAGAUGAUUGUGCCAGAUAGCUAUGCACAAUUAUCUAUCAUGGAAACGAUAUCCAAGGAGAUUUGUCAUGCAACGAAUGGCAAUCUAUUAGAGAUCCGAAUUCAAGUGAAAAAUGCAAGUAAUGCAUGUUAUUCAUUUUUAAACAAACAAGAUAUUCUUUAUCCAUUUUAUAAGCACAUCGGAAGCAACCGUUUUAGUGCUAAUCUGGUGGAUUAUAGCGAUAGCGAAGAUGAGGAAGAUGAGGAAGAGGAGGAUGAAAUCAAGGCACGUAUAGAUAAAACGGCGUUGAUGAUUAUGAAAUCACCGAAUAGUGUGGCUCUUGAGGAAUAUCUACUGAAAAAGAAUGGAAAUCAAGAUAAAUUCUUGUUCUUGAAUCAGGGGAAUGCAUACUACGACUACUUUCAGAAAGCAAAAGAGAAGCAAAACAAAUAA